GCGCCGGGUAACGCCAUUUUCACGCACCGCACCGCAUCCAGUCAGUGCCCGAGCCAGAAGGACCAGCGAGCUGUCACUCCUCGGGCCACUGGUCCCCCUUCGAGCCCCAUGAAGCCGCUGUCGAGUCGCAGUGGAACGGAAAUGAUAAACAGGCUUUUCCCCAAUGGCUCCGACUAAAGCCUGUGUUUUUGACAGUUAGGAGGCUAGCUAUGGAGCUAGCUGGUCAUCAUUAGCGGCGGUUGAUGCGCUGAAGCGUCAGUCGGCGAAACGUAAUCUCAGCCGGACACCGUUUUUGAAUAUUGAGUUCUAUAACGUUUGUUGUUUUAUUUUUUUUGGACACAAAUCCGCUAAAGGUUUUGGGCCAAAAGAACAGCACCUCUGAUUAAGAGAAGACGGAAAGGAGAGAUAAACGGACGUUACAGGGAAGCUAAUACAUUGGCAACGGAUGUCCUAGAGAACGGAUGCGUGAGGACAUGUCCACCACGGUGUGCGUGAAGGAGGAGGAGGACCCCGGGGAGAAGCUGUCCCAGGAUGAGAUCAUCUCCCGGACCAAGCAGGUGAUCCAGGGCCUGGAUGCCCUGAAGCAGGAGCACCACUCCAUCCUGGACGGCCUGCUGGGAACGCUGCGCUGCCUCAAGCAGGACGAGGAGAGCGUCCUGGUGGAGGAGAAGUCCCACAUGAUCCGCAAGUCCAUGGAGAUGCUGGAGCUCGGGCUGAGUGAGGCGCAGGUGAUGAUGGCGCUGUCGGGCCACCUGAGCUCGGUGGAGUCGGAGAAGCAGAAGCUGCGGGCUCAGGUACGCCGGCUCUGCCAGGAGAACCAGUGGCUGAGGGACGAGCUGGCCGGGACGCAGCAGAAACUGCAGAAGAGCGAGCAGAGCGUCGCCCAGCUGGAGGAGGAGAAGAAGCACCUGGAGUUCAUGAACCAGCUGAAGAAGUACGACGAGGACUUGUCCCCAUCGGAGGAGAAGGACUCUGAUUCCAGUAAAGAGACUCUGGACGAUCUCUUCCCUGAUGACCAGGACGACCAGCCCCCAGGCAUCCAGCCGACCCACGGCAGCGCGGCGGCGGCGGCGGCCCAGCAGGGGGGCUACGAGAUCCCGGCCCGCCUGAGGACCCUCCACAACCUGGUGAUCCAGUACGCCUCCCAGGGCAGGUACGAGGUGGCUGUGCCCCUCUGCAAACAGGCCCUGGAAGACCUGGAGAAGACCUCUGGACACGACCACCCAGAUGUGGCCACCAUGCUCAACAUCCUGGCCCUGGUCUACAGGGAUCAGAACAAAUACAAGGAGGCGGCGAGUCUGCUGAACGACGCUCUGGCCAUCAGGGAGAAGACUCUGGGCAGGGACCAUCCGGCUGUCGCCGCCACCCUCAACAACCUGGCUGUCCUGUAUGGGAAGAGAGGAAAGUACAAGGAGGCGGAGCCUCUGUGCAAGAGGGCGCUGGAGAUUCGGGAAAAGGUGCUGGGGAAGGAGCACCCAGAUGUGGCCAAGCAGCUGAACAACCUGGCCCUGCUGUGUCAGAACCAGGGCAAGUACGACGAGGUGGAGUACUACUACAUGAGAGCGCUGGAGAUCUACCAGAGCAAACUGGGCCCCGACGACCCCAACGUGGCCAAGACCAAGAACAACCUGGCGUCCUGUUACCUGAAACAGGGCAAGUUCAAGCAGGCUGAAACUCUGUACAAAGAAAUCCUCACCCGCGCUCACGAGAGGGAGUUCGGCUCCGUGGAUGAUGAAAACAAACCGAUAUGGAUGCACGCCGAGGAGAGAGAGGAGCAAAGCAAGGGGAAGCAGAAGGACGGCUCAGCGUUUGGAGAGUAUGGAGGCUGGUACAAGGCCUGCAAAGUGGACAGCCCCACAGUGACGACCACCCUGAAGAACCUCGGCGCCCUCUACAGGCGGCAGGGCAAGUUCGAGGCGGCUGAGACUCUGGAGGAAGCCGCCAUGCGCUCCAGAAAGCAGGGUCUGGACACCGUGCACAAGCAGCGCGUGGCGGAGGUCCUCAGCGAGCCGGAGGUCCGCGAGAAGCAGCGGAGCCGCGAGAGCCUGACCUCCGACACGGUGAAGUACGAGAGCGGGCCGGACGGCGGCGAGGAAGUGAGUAUGAGCGUGGAGUGGAACGAGGACGGCUCCGGCGCUCUGAAGAGGAGCGGCUCCUUCAGCAAGCUUCGCGCCUCCAUCCGACGCAGCAGCGAGAAACUCGUCCGCAAGCUGAAGGGCGGCGGCGGCGGCGGCGCGUCCCGAGACAGCGAGCCCAAAAACCCCGGCAUGAAGCGAGCCAGCUCUCUGGGGGUUCUUAACGUGGCGGACGAGGCUGCGACCGACCUCCAGCAAGAACGAAAUAAUCGUCUGAGAAAGAGUCGAGACCUGAGCGCCAGCCACACUGACCUGGGCCGCGUUGAAGGUCGUCUUGACCCCAGGAGGCUGUGAGGGGCGGAGCCUGUGAGGUCACUUCCUGUCCCAGACCCUCCUCCUCCUCCUCAUCAUCAACCAGCGUCACGCCAUCAAGUGCUCGCUGUACAGGUGUCUGUGUCGCUGCACUUUGUUUCUUAAAUGACCGCACGACAAGAGGAGCGUGCACAGUGCUGCUGUGUGUGUGUGUGUGUGUGUGUGUGCGUGUGUGUGCACUGUAUGUACUGUUACACGUGUGAGGUCCAAUCGGUCUUUUUAAAUAUAAGCGUGUCUCCCUCAGCUCGUUGUCAGGUUGAUCAGUGGUGGAAGUCGUCAACGAGCUCGUUAGUUCAUCUCAAUAAUCUCCAAAUGAUGGAAAACUUUUGCACUCUCUAGAAAUUCGGUUUAGGUUUAUGUGACAUUUGACUGUAUUUCACUCACAACGUUAUUCAUCUUUGUGUUUGUAGUCCACCAGUUUUCUUUUUGGUCCCUCAAUACGGAGAGUAACCAAUGAAAGUUCUGAAAUGGGUUACUUGAAUAAAUUGAGAAAAUAAGAUCUGCGACAAGAAGAUCCUCCCAAAAUACUAUAUUUUCUGCAUUAAUUGACCCUUAAUCAACACGCUGGAAGCCUGCAGAGGGAAGCCGCACUUAUUUCCCAAAAUGUUUUGCUUUUUUCUGUAUGAAGUUCUAUGUUUACAUUUGAAAUUUAUUUUUUGAAAAUUUUGUUUUACUAUUUUUUCUCGCUGCUUUGAAGACUUUCUCUUACUAUCUUCCUGUAAAAACAAAACAUGGCCCUUGAGAAUUGCAGCGCGUUGAGAAACGGAGGAGAGACGACCGACGCUCUCAGGAGCCAUGAUGCACUGAGCGCUGGAGCUAAAGAUAGAGAUAAUGCUAAAGCUAAAACUAGAGCUGAGCUAAAGCUGAAGAUAAAGAUAAACAUGAAACUGAAGAUAAAGCUAUAGCUGAAGCUACAGAUAAACAUGUAGCUAUAGCUAAGGAUAAACCUGAAACAAAAGAUGAAGAUGAAGGUAAUGAUAAAGCUAUAGCUAAAGAUGAAGCUAAAGGUAAAGCUGAUGCUAUAACUAAAGAUGAAGCUUAAGCUCAUGCUAAAGCUAUAGCUAAUGCUAAAGAUACAGUUGAAGCUAAAGGUAAAGCUGAUGCAAUAGCUAAAGAUGAAACUGAAGCUCAUGCUAAAGCUGAUGCUAUAGCUAAAGAUAAAGCUAAAGCUCAUGCUAAAGCUCAUGCUAAAGCUAUAGCUAAAGAUGAAGCUAAAGCCACUCAAAACUUUUACACAUUAUUGGAGGAACUGUUACAGCUUCCAUUUGUACUUCCAACUGUUUUAUUGUUCAUUGAAGACAACACUUUACCACGUUGGUAAAGUCGAAAAGAAUCCAACCAAAAAGUGCAAAUUACGAUUUAUUAAAAAAUACACAUUAUGGCGCAAUAACUAUUCCGGUGAUUUAAGUUGCAAAUGUGAAAAAUAUCUAUUGGCUUUAACCAAAAUAAGCAGGACUUUUCCUCCUAGAGCUACAUUAGAUAUAAUUUAACAAAGAUAUAUCAAUGUAUAUCAGGGAUACACUUUGAAAUCCAAAGUGUUGUUUAAAAGAUCAUUAUUUAAUUUUCUGACUGAAUAAGAAGGAAGAAAACAUGUUUCUCCAAAACCAAAACGGCAAAGUUGAUUUUUGCAUCACUCGAAACAGACUUCAGACAUAGAGCAACGGUGCAAAACUCAAAUAAAUACUACAUUUACUAGCAGUUAAUAGAAAGAAAAGAUGCAAAUCUAGACACAAACCUUAAUUUACACCCUUUGUUUGGAAAACAACUCUUUUGAUUCUGAAUAAAAAUACAUUAAUAUCUGGAGGGAAGUUGAGAAUUUAAUUUCAGUCCAAAAUAUUAUUCUAUAAAAAAUCCCUUUUAUUAGAAGAUCAAAAAUAGACCCGAAGUGUAAAUAUAUAAGAUGACUUGAAAAAUGUUCCCGAUUAAUUUACUUUUGUGACGGCAAUAAUUCAAAGUCAAAGUGAUUUUUUUUUUUUUUUAAUUCCUGAUAGUGAUGAAUUUAUUAACGUUUCAGAUUCGAGUGAGUUGAAGCUUCUUGUUGACUGUUGAUCAGUCUUUUUUAAACCAUUGUUGUCUUUUUGGUCCACAAAGUAACGCGGCACAUAACUUCACUACGUCGACUGGUUCUGGUGAACCGGGCAACUUUUAGGGCCAUGAAGUGAUGUAUAGACGUAAUUUAAUGUUUAAAAACGAGAUUCAAAAGCUAGAAAUUCAGUUUUAUUCAAAUUCCCAUAAAUAUUCACUAUUGAAGCAAUUUCACAAUAUAGAUACAAUUUCUUUUAAGAUUGAAAUUCUUUAGCUCUUUUUUGCUUCUACACUUAUUCAAAAGUCCUAUUCAGAGUAAAAAUAGGGCUUUACAUUUCUACAUUUUAAAGGCUUAAAAGAAGUUUUAAAGAAACUUGUAGUUGUUGAAAAGAGUAUGAACUUUUUCAUCUUUAAUAUCCCUACUGUGUGUGUGUGUACUAUGCUGUGCUAUAAGAACUUAAAAUGACUAUUAAGCAGUUUUCAAUGAACAAACAACACUUUUCUAAAAUCUAUGGAUUCUCUAUGGGGUAGAAAACGCUCGGCCCAUCCGUUAUAUUUUACUCAACAAGAGUAUCAACCCCCCGAGAAAUGUAAUGUUCUGCUCACGUCCUGCCACGGAAAAGGUGUCAGUUAUUAAAGUCAAUAUUUACGGUUUCAUUCUAAACUUUAUGAAAGCAUCAUUCUGGUCACAUCAUAGAUCCUUUUGCGUGUUUAUUUAGCAUCCUAGUUACCAUGGCAACGCAUCGGGCCCGGCCCUGUGACGUCCAGUCUGUGAAAUCUACAUGUUUUAAACGGGCACAACGAGAUUGAAUGUCGGGUUGUUUCGUCCUUGCUUUUUUAAUUGUUUGUGUUAAUUGUUUGUGAGCCGUCGUGUCCACGUGGAAAAUGUUCCGGGAUGAAACUGGCAUUCAUGACCCGUCCUCCCAGAUGUGCAGGCUGACCGCACAUUCCUCUGGCUGUGGCGUUGUUACACAGUAAUAACAGUGUAAUAGAGCACCAGCAGACCUCAGCAGAAACAUGCAAACGUGUUCUACCUUCACGUGAGGACGUUUGUCAGAAAAACUGAUGUCCUUUUAGGUUUAAAUGUGUAUCAAUAAAACGCUCAAUUUCGUGACGUUUCU